AUGUCCGACUUUGAUUCCUCGUCGGACUCUCCCACGCGUCCCAUGACUUCAGCUACAUCUAUAGCUCCUUCGCAAUUCUCAUUCCCUAUGGGUUCACUAGUGCCGCCACCGGUAAUUUAUCCACACGUGCUACCAGAAGAGCAGCUCGCAGUCUGUAUGCCGCCACCGCCUUACUCUGUAAUGCCCCCGCCUACAGAAGAACUAUCUUUCUUUCCUGAAUCUCUGGUUCAUCAACCACUAGAGCAUCCGAUACUUCUACCACAACAAGUCAAGCAAGAGGAGAUCAUAAACUCCGCAUCCUCAUUUGUUACGGGAGUUUCUCACUGUAAGGACAUGAUAGACCUACGGUAG